AUGGCUCAUCAGAGGAAGGCCUGUCGUGGCCACAGCAGCAGCAUCACCCAAGGGUCUGCUGGAAAUGUGGGCUCUCUGGCUGCAUCCCGGCUUCCCCAUUCGGUGUGCACCCAUCUGUGUCAUCCUGGGACCCACAAUGAACCAAUAUGCUGCUUCCACUGUAUCCCAUGUGCUGAUGGACACGUGUCAUGGGAACCAGGUCAAAGGGAGUGUGAACAACGUGGUGAAGACUAUUGGUCAAACGCACAAAGGAGCGAGUAUCUGCUGAAAGAGGUGGAAUUCCUUGCUUAUGACGAGGCCCUAGGAUUCACUCUUGCCAUUCUCUCCAUCUUUGGAUGUUUGGUGGUCUUGGCAGCCGCAAUUUUGUAUGUGAUACACAGGCACACUCCGCUUGUAAACGCCAGUGACGGGGAGCUGAGCUUUCUCAUUCAGGUUUCUCUGGUCAUCACGCUGCUGUCUUCCAUGCUUUUUAUUGGCAAGCCAUACCACUGGUUCUGCAUGGGCCGCCAGGGCGCUCUGGCCCUGGGCUUUUCUCUUUGCCUGUCUUGCUGUCUUGGAAAGACUAUUUCACUGUUUUUAGCCUACAGAAUUUCCAAAUCCAAAAAAAUCAAACCCGACUUAUAUCCAUCUGCCCCCCUUUAUCAGAAAACCAUUGUGUUAAUGGUUCUAGUCGACAUUGGCAUAUGCACAGCCUACUUAGUGUUGAAGUCUCCAAGGGUGUACAAGAACAUGGAAUAUCAAAAUGUAAAGCUCAUUCUGGAAUGUGAGGAAGGUUCUAUGGAAUUUCUAUGCUCUAUAUUUGGAGUUGAUAUUUUCCUGGCCUUGCUAUGCUUUCUUAUAAGCUCUGUGGCUGUGGCUCGCCAGUUGCUGAUAAUUAACGAUGAAGGAAAAUGGAUCACCUUGGAGCUGGUCGUUUUCAUUGUCUGGAUCUCUUUUGUCCCUGAUUACUUGAGCACCAAAGGCAAGUUCCAAGUGGCUGCGGAAAUAUUUACAACCUUGGCAUCUGACUGCGGUUUGUUGGGUUGUAUAUUUGCUCCCAAGUGCUUCAUUAUUUUGCUGAGGCCAAAGAGGAACACCAAUGAAAUUGUUGGUGGACGAAUCACCACUCUGGAUAAGAGCAUCCAACUGACUUCAGCCUCUGUGAGCAGUGAGUUUAACAAUACUGCGGCGUCAAAUGUUAUGGAGGACUGGAGUUGUGAAUUGAAAGCUGCACUGGUGACAUGGUUCAACAUUCCCUUUCAGGUUGUCUGUGCAGCAGCUACCUGA